UUGUCAAGUACCGAAACGGGAUAAAAAUGCAAAUUUUCCUGGUACUUUUGUUGCUCGGAUCCCGCUUGAUGCUGACCAGGAGUAGGCCCGGCUGUCUGGUGCAAGGAAACGACAGUGAUUCAGCGGAAGCGGAAUACGAAGGUAAUGACGACACGGCUGCUGAGGACUACCUUCGCGAAGACCAAGAAUCUACUAUGGACGAACACAAAAGUGGGAGACACGAGGAAGUAUUGAGGGAGCCCCAUGAACAAGCUGACUCAACUGACUCUGAAGUUGCCCCCGAUCGUCAAGAUAAAUAUAAAUAUGAAAUAUUUUCAGCAAACGAUUCGGGCUGCCGAAAAGGGAGACAACGUCACGGAACUACUGACUUUAAAAAUGAGAAUGAAAAAGACUAUUCAUCAGAAAAACAACGCCCAAGAAAUUCCCCACAAAUUGAAGAAGCUGGCAAUAAAGUUCGUAGUGAAAUCUAUUCUCGUUCCGAUAUCAACCAAAUGAAGCGACCACAGAGUGAUUCAUCCUUAAACGGGAGAUCCGCUAAUACCAAUCCUGAAUAUGGUGAAAUGCUGUUUGAAAUGAAACCCGCUCAAACAGACAGGCAAAAUAAUUUAGCUGAAGAAGCUGGUGCACAAUCUAGGAUGCUUAAACGAUAUAUGCAUUUGAAAAACCGGGAACAAGAAAGUGUAAACCCAUUAAAUUACGACAGAGACCGACGUCAUGCACAAAAUGUUGAAGAAAAACUAAUUACUGAUUCCACUCGCACGCCUAAUGAAAAAGAAGAGAUAAAUAUUACAAACGAAAGCAGUGAAAAUGCUAUUUUUAAAAAUAUUAAAAAACUUUCGGAACAGGACCUAGAAGAAUUACUGAAUUCUCUUCCCGAUGACAAAAAGGCACUUUUAAAGAAAAUAAUGGACAAGAGAGAAAUUACUAAAAAAGCUGGUGCGGUGGAUGAAAGCAACUAUUUGGAAGGAAGUCAAGCUGAUACUAGCAAACUAGAAGGAGGUUAUUCUGUUUACUGUAACACAGAAUCUUCCGUGACUUCUGAUACUCCUGAAACUAGUAAACAACCUGAAAAUAGUGAAAGUUUGAGCUCUAAAACUCCUGACAAUGAAAGUGGUUCAAAAGGCUCAGGGAGUAAAUCUGAAAUUAUAAAUAACUCUAAUAUGAAAAUCGAUGAACCAGUUAUCCUAAAAGAAAAUUCUAAUACGGGCUUAAAAAAUGACGCUAACAUUUAUUCCGAUGCCGAAGAAAUUUUUAAAAACGAAAAUAAACGUGAAACUAAUAAUAAAGACUUAACAAAUGAUAAAGCAUAUAUAGAUGAUUCGAAAAUCCAAGAUUAUCAAAUAGAAGGUAAAGACUCUCACGAGUUUUUGUUAAAUCAAGAGGACUUGAGUUCUGAAAAUGAGGACUGGCUGAAUGAGCCACAAGAAAGUAAUACUCAUGUUGAAACAGUUAAGAGAGCAAUUUCCGGAAAAGAUUCAUCAGCAAUACAGGAUAGUAUAAAAUCAUUAAAAGACUCAUUCCCUGCUUCAAAUACUUACGAGGACAAUAAUGUGGAAUUAGAAAUGGUUCCUUUAAAAAGAGUGAAAAGAACGGAAAAAGAACAUCAAAUAAAAAAAAGAGAUUUGUCAGUUUUAUCUCACGCUAAUGUGCAUUUUUCUCCAGAAGUUCAAAGUGAAAAUAGUGAAAAUGACGAGAAAACCGAAUUUGAAGAUUAUGGAGGAUUAGAUCGUGAAUCAAAUUUGGUAAGAAAUGAUCAGGAAGUAAAUUCAUACAAGGACGUUUUAGGAAACGGUGAAACACAAUACCGAUCCUCACAGUUUGGUAACAGAAAUUCCGUUCUAUAUCCAGCUAUUCUCUCUGAAACACAAAAGAAAAAUAAAGUGAGUCUCGGCUCGGAUACUGAUAGCAUACUUUCAGGAAUAGAAGGAGUUGACGAUAACUUAAUGUAUAACAGUGGAUUACGUGGAAAAAGAACUCUCGAAAGCUCUUAUAGUAAUGCUGAAAAAAUUAACCUGAACCGUAGUGGUCGUACAGCAGGACCAAUGAACGUCGACGUGGUGUCUGACAAUUCCAUUAAUGUUUCGAAAUACCAAGACGAUGGUUUUGGGCCGGUUGCAGUGAAUUCUGAAGAAGACGUAAAUAGGUUUAAAAGAAUAAGGCAAACUAAACAAGAUUCCCUAAAGUAAAGAUUGAA